UAAACCAGGGAUUGGAAAUAUUAUCGAUCCACGUGCUUUUUUUUAAGUAAUGUUGCUAAUUUUCUGCUCUAAACAAUAAUUUUUUUCUUUUUGCCAUCAAAAAACAAAUGACAUGUCAAUAUGAGUGGUGCAAAGUUGAAAGAAUCUUUCGAGGUAGAAAGUAAAAUCGAGGCUUUUUACACGGGAGGAAAUCUUGAGUGGAGUGAAAAUGGAGAAACGUUUUUCUGUCAAAACAGUGAUUAUAUUACAGUUGUGUGCGCAUCAAAAGGAAUUGUCAAGACUUCAUUGGGAAAACCCAAAGAAAAUGAGGAUGUAGAUACAAUUAACAGUUUUGCAACUUCCAAGGAUGGUAAAUGGCUUGUAUCACAUCACAAGAGUAGCCUUUUUAAAUUAUGGAACCUAGAUGAUGUUAAACCUGUGAAAUUAUUUAAAUCCACUCAUAAUGGUCCAGUGCCUGCACUAACUCUGACAGAUGAUGCAGCAAAAUUGGUUUCUGGGGGUAUCGAUGGGUCAGUAAAAUUGUGGGAUUUGAAUAAUCAAACUUGCAACUUUAGUUUUAAAGGAGCUCAAGGAGUUAUUGGUGUUCUUUGCUUUCGUUCAGAUGAAAAAAACAAUGAAUUGAUAUUUGCAUCAGGUGAUGACUGUGCUAUUCAUUGCUGGAAUACUCAAAAUGGUAGAAAACAAUUUACUUUGGAGGGACACAUGAGCAAAGUUACAUCUUUAACGUUCCAUGAAGAUGGAAUUCAUGCUGUUAGUUCUGGUAGAGAUAGAGUAUUGAUACUAUGGAAUAUGGUAAAAAAAGCUUCUGUACGCGUUUUGCCUGUGUAUGAAUGCUUAGAGGGAGCAUUUAUAAUACCAAAUAAUGCCAAUCUCCCGAUUCCCAAGAAAGAUGAAGAUAAAUCGAUUUAUGUAAUAAGUGCUGGUGAAAAAGGUGUUGUAAAAAUAUGGGAAAUGAAAUCUGGCAGUGCGGUUUAUGAGCAAUCAAAUUCUUUGAUAACAGCUGCAACAGAUGAGAACAGUUUGUCUAUAAGACAUUUAUUGUAUAAUAAAAACAGCAAUAGUAUUGGAAUUGUCUCAACAUCGCAGAACAUUUUUAUUUAUACACUAGACAAUUUUGAAUGUAAAAAGCAAUUUGUAGGUUUUAUUGACGAAGUCCUAGACAUUGCCUAUUUGGGAAGUAACGAAUCACAUUUAGCUGUGGCAACAAAUACUGCAGAUAUAAAGCUUUUUGAUCUGUCAACAAUGAGUUGUAAAUUAUUGAGUGGUCACAAAAACAUUGUUUUCUCGUUAGCAUCAUCUCCAUCCAAACCAAAUAUUUUGGUGUCGUCGAGCAAAGAUGGUACUGUAAAACUAUGGCUCAUGGAUACAAAUACAAUGGUUGUGAACUGCAUAGGAACAGGAACUGCUCAUAUGGAAACAGUAACUAGCGUAGCUUUAUCUCGUACUAGUGCUAAUUUCUUCGUGUCGGUAGCUAAAGAUUUAUGUCUCAAAGUUUGGGAGUUUCCUGAAAAUUUAACGUACACUGGUAUACAAAUUCCUUUGAGAGCAGUAAAUACCACUCAAGCACAUUCUGCCAAGGGUGGUAAAGAUAUAGAUAUCAAUAGUGUUACAAUUUCACCAAAUGAUAAAUUCAUUGCUACUGCGGCUCAGGACAAAUUAGCAAAGCUCUGGUGCGCCGAUACUUUAGUACUGAAAGCAACAUUUUCUGGACAUCGCAAAGGCGUUUGGUGCGUGCGUUUUUCUCCCAUUGAUCAAGUACUGGCGACCUCAUCUGCUGAUUGUACAAUCAAACUGUGGUGCCUCAACACAUUCAGAUGUCUUUCGACGUUUGAAGGACACGAGUGCGGCGUGCUACGAGUAGAGUUUAUAAGUCGUGGUAUGCAGGUUUUGUCAACAGGAGUAGAUGGUCUAAUCAAAUUGUGGGGUCUCAAAAUGUUGAACUGUUCUUUGACGCUAGACGAACAUCAAGACAAAACAUGGUCGCUUGCAGUUAACAAAAGCCAAAGUCACUUUGUUAGCGGUGGGAGUGAUUCUCAAUUAAUUAUAUGGAGAGACACAACAGUGGAAAAAAAAGAAAAGGCUCGAAAAUUGCAGGAACAAAUGGUGCUGGAAGAGCAGAAGUUAGCAAACUGUAUGCAGUCCGAGAAUUUAUUAAAGGCAUUGAAACUAGCUCUCAAAUUGCAAAAGCCAAUGCACGUCUUACGAAUCGUUGAAGCGUUAAUAAAAAAAGAAAGCGACCAACUGACGUCGACUGUAAGCGAUUUGAAGCCAGUGGAACUAGAAGAACUACUAACCUGCGCUAUCAUUUGGAACACAAAUGCCCGAAAUUUCCAAGCUGCUCAGGUUGUCAUAAACACGGUUCUGAAUGAAAUUGAGUUUGAAAAUUUAAAGUCAAAUGACUUGAAAUUAAAGCUAGAAUCUAUGAUUCCUUACACAGAACGACAUUACAAAAGAUUGACAAAACUGUAUCAAGAUCUGCAUCUGCUGUCGUACACGGUGAAUAGCAUGAAAGCUCACAGUGCCGCGACUGAAACGUAAAUGAUACCAAUGCGGCCUUUUUUGAUGACAGAAGGAAACACUUACAUCAAAAUUUGUACUUGAAUCAAAGUUUUUUUACCAACUCCAA